AUGAAAAAAUUAAGCUCUGCUUUGCUUGGAGGGCUCUCUUUGAUGCUCUUGACCCAGAGUGUGGCCUCCAUGGUACUGCUGAACUCCACUGCCAUGGAGGCCCUGCUGGAGAAGUACAUGGAUGAAGAUGGAGAUUGGUGGGCUGCCAAGCAGAGGGGCAAGAGAGCUAUCACUGAGAGUGACAUGCAAGCUAUCCUGGAUCUACACAACAAGCUCAGGGGUCAGGUCUACCCUCCUGCCUCUAAUAUGGAGUAUAUGGUGUGGGACACUGAGCUGGAGAGAACGGCAGAGGAGUGGGCAGAGACGUGUCUUUGGGAACACGGCCCCGAAGGCCUGCUGCCCCAGAUUGGACAGAACCUGGGAGUACACUGGGGAAGGUAUCGCCCCCCAACAUCCCACGUGCAGGCAUGGUACGAUGAGGUCAAAGACUACUCUUAUCCAUACCCCCAAGAGUGUAACCCACACUGCCCAUUUCGAUGCUCUGGACCCGUGUGCACCCACUACACUCAGCUUGUUUGGGCGACCAGUAGUCGCAUAGGUUGUGCCAUCAAUCUGUGUUAUAACAUGAACGUGUGGGGACAAAUAUGGGCAAAAGCCGUUUAUCUGGUGUGCAAUUACUCACCAAAAGGGAACUGGUGGGGAUACUCCCCAUACAAACAUGGCACCCCGUGCUCUGCCUGCCCCCCCAGCUAUGGAGGUAGUUGCAGAAACAACCUCUGCUACAAAGAUGACGGUACAGAUAAGCAGAGGCGUCCUGAAGAGACAGAAGAAAAUAACUCCAUUGAACCUGAAGCCCCUCAAAACCCAGGCCCGUGGCCAAGAGUGACCACCCAGACCAGAUCGCCCAGGGUAGACCCAGAGAGGAACACUGUCGUGAGCACUCAGCAGAUGUCUCAGCUGGUGACAUGUGACACAAAACUUCGUGACCAGUGUAAAGGAACCCCUUGUAACAGGUAUGAGUGUCCUGCCGGCUGCUUAAGCAGCAACGCGAAAGUUGUCGGAACAGUUUAUUAUGAAAUGCAAUCCAGCAUUUGCAGAGCUGGUCUACAUUAUGGAGUAAUUGACAAUGAUGGGGGUUGGCUUGAUGUGACAAGGCAAGGAAGGAAACAGUUUUUCAUCAAAUCGUACAAAAACGGAGUUCAGUCUCUAGGGAAGUACCAGAGCGCCAACUCUUUCACGUUAUCCAAAGUAACAGUGAAAGUCAUCACAUGUGAGACUACAGUCGCGUCACUGUGUCCAUAUGAAAGACCUGCCAGACAUUGCCCGAGGAUUUAUUGCCCACGCAACUGUUUGGGAGAGCAUUCACGUUUUUCUAGAGUCAUUGGAACCAAAACAUACUCAGACAAAUCUAGCAUAUGCAGGUCGGCAUUGCAUGCUGGUGUAAUAACGAAUGAAUCAGGAGGGUACAUCGACGUAAUGCCGGUGGACAAGAGGAGGCAAUAUAUCGGAUCUUUCCAGAAUGGCAUAGCCUCUGAAAGUCUGCAGAAUCCACCUGGAGGCAAAGCAUUUCGAGUAUUUGCUGUCAUUUGA